AUGGCCCUUCUUGUGUAUGAAGUUCAUCCCCACGUAGCAUUGCUGCGUGAAAUCACUGGCGAAAAUUUCGAGGAGUACAUUUUUGAUGAUUCAGACGACGAAAGUUACUUGAAAAGCCUUGACCCCAAAAACUGGAAAGAUCAGGAUCACUAUGCAGUUUUAGGUCUAAGAAAAAAGCGUUUCAAUGCUACCCCAGAUGAUAUAAGAAAAGCUUACCGCAGGAAGAUCUUAGAUCACCACCCUGACAAACGUCGAAGCAAGGGUGAAUUAGUUGCAGACGAAAAACAUGAUUACUUUUCGUGCAUUACCAUAGCUUUUGAAAUACUGGGAAAUCCCAGCAAACGUCUUGCGUACGACAGUGUAGAUCCAGUUGCUGUAGACGAUUCAAUCCCAACCUUAAGCGAAAUCAAGUCCAACUUCUUCACUACGUUGGGGAAUUUCUUCUAUCGGAAAUCUAGAUGGUCUAAAAGGCAACCUACACCCCAUCUCGGAAACAGUCUAACAGACAUUGAAGAUGUCCUUAAAUUUUAUGACUUUUGGGAAGAAUAUGACACUUGUCGUGAUUACUCUUACCUGGAUGAAGAAGAUAAAGAGAAAGGUGAAGAUCGAGAAACACGACGUGCAAUAGAACGACAGAAUCGUUUAGAUCGAGCUCGUCGCAGGAAUGAAGAAGUGGGCAAUGUACGAAGCGUGGUCAUCUUAGCUAAAGAAAACGAUCCACGAAUUUUGGCCGCUAACAAGGCAGCACGUGAGGCAAAGGAAGCGAAACGUCAAGCUCGUUUAGAUGCUGCACGAAAAAAGAGGGAAUUAGAGGAGGAGCAAAUGAAGCGUGAAGCUGAGGCUGCUGCACAGGCUCGUGCAGCUAGUGAGGAGCGUCGACGUGUAGAGGCGGAACGUAUUCGCAAAGAGCGUGAUUUAAGCCGCAUGGAAGCGAAACGUGAACGGCGUCAGUUACGAAGUAUCCUUGUCGACCGGUACAAUUAUUUUCUAUCUACUAGUGAGGUUGAUACAGGAUCUCACCAGGUUAAAAUUUUAGCUGAUAUGGAUUUAUUAUGUCAACGUUUGUCUAACGCACAAUUGCAUGAUUUGAAUGAACGCUUGGAAAACACUGAUACAACUGAUCAAGCCCGUGAUAUUUUCACAUCUGAGAUCGAAUCAGUUAGACGCGAGCUGCAAGCAAAUAAUAUUCAAUCUCAAGUGAAAUCAAAGUCUCAAGAGACUUCUGCCACUGAAGGACAAACAAGUUCUUCAAAAUGGACAAACGAAAUGAUUCAGAUUCUUGUCAAAGCAGUCAAUCUUCUUCCUGCUGGAACACCUAAACGUUGGGAAGCUAUCGCCGCUUACGUGAAUCAGCAUGUUAAUGGUGUCUCUGUAACUGGUAAAGAAGUAUUAAAGCAGGCCAAAUUGUUAAAGGAGGAAGAUUCAACUAUACGUAAAACAGCUAAUACUAAAGCAUUCGAUUCAUUUACUAACACUGUCAAGGAGACGGAUGCUGUUAAAAAUGCAACAAUCACAACUCACUUAGAAGCCGAAGGAUUUCGUCCUUGGACAGUUGUUGAACAACGUGCCUUAGAACAAGCCUUGAAGACUUAUCCAAGUUCUGUUGGAGAUUCUGGUCAAGGUGAUGAUCGAUGGCAGCGGAUAGCAGAUGUUGUUGGCACUCGCACUCGACGUGAAUGUAUACUACGAUGCAAAGAAUUAGCAGAACAAGUUCGCGCUAAAAAAGCUGCACUGGCUGCAGUCAAAAAACCAUCGAAUUCAACAACAGCAGCAUCCGCUCAAAAUAAGCCGUAGGUGUAGUGAUGGAAGUAUUUCAGAGCAGUGUGAGAAGGAAAUUAUCUUCAAAACAGAUUAUGUCAUACCGCUUCUCACAGUCUCCCAAUUUUCUAAGAAGGGUAAUCUUUUAUUAAUUCAAUGCAUAUUCAUACAGGAGAGAACUGUGUAGAGUAGCCUUGAUAGUCCAAAAUAUUGAUCAAUACAUCGUCUGAAUGUGCCUACAUUUUCAUUAUCCCGUGUGAGAUGACACGUAGAAAUGAAAUUGUCGAUAUUUUUGUAAAUUGUAUUUCGCUCAAUAGAAUCCCUUCACCCGUCAGACUAUAUAAACAUUAUGUAUAUAUAUAUAUAUUUAUGCAUACCUGUUUUCUUGAAGUAUCUUCUCUUUUCACUAUUCUUAUAAUCUUUUAAGUAUUUUGUUGGACAAAUUUAUAUUGACAUGAACCAAACCAUCCUACGACGUAGUGUUUUUGAAGAAAUAUAUUUCAUCUCUAAAGUCA